AGCAAUUUUUCCAUGUAUUGUAAGCAAGAUGAAAGUGAGCAUUAGAAGAGUAUUAGUGUGGAUAAGUUUUGGAGUGAGUAUAUUGGAAGGUGUGGGUGGUGUAGGCGAUGAUAGGAAGCCAAAAAGGUGGGCUGUUCUUGUUGCUGGUUCACAAGGUUAUGGAAAUUAUAGGCACCAGGCUGAUGUGUGCCAUGCCUACCAAAUACUAAAGAAAGGUGGUCUUAAAGAUGAAAACAUCAUCGUUUUCAUGUACGAUGAUAUUGCCUACAAUCCUCUAAACCCAAGGCCUGGCAUCAUAAUCAACAAACCAAAUGGUCCUGAUGUCUAUCGAGGAGUUCCCAAGGAUUACACUGGAGCAGCUGCAACUGCAGAGAACUUCUUCGCUGUGAUUAGAGGUAACCGUAGUGCUCUCUCUGGAGGCAGUGGCAAGGUUUUGAAGAGUAGUGGAAGGGACACCGUAUUCAUUUAUUUUACGGACCAUGGCAGUCCAGGUUUCGUGAGCAUGCCAGUGGGGCCACCCGUAGCGGCCCACGAGUUCGUGGAAGUGUUAAAGAAGAAGCAUGCCGCUAAAUCAUACAAAAAGAUGGUAAUAUACUUGGAAGCAUGCGAAUCUGGGAGCAUGUUUGAUGGGAUUCUUCCGAAUAACUUGAACAUAUAUGUGACAACAGCUGCCAACCCACAUGAAAAUAGUUAUGCGUUUUAUUGUCCUAAUGGCAAACCUCCUGCACCCCCUAACUAUACUACUUGUUUAGGAGAUGCCUACAGCAUUGCAUGGAUGGAAGACUGUGACAAAAGUAAUAUGUGGAAAGAAACUUUGCAACAACAGUAUGAAACCGUUCGGCAAAGAAUAUUGUGGAGUUCUCAUGUGAUGCAAUACGGAGAUCAAAAGUUGAACAACGAUUUUCUAGUUAGCUACUUUGGUGCACCUUACCAGCCCAGUGAUAAUGAAAGUGCAUAUUCCUUUGAACCAUCAAGGGAAACUAGACAUAGCCAACGAGAUGCUCAUUUACUUCAUCUUAGGCUGGAGUUGCAAAAAGCCCCGGUUGAUUCUGAAGAGAAGAUGAAAGCUCAAAGAGACUUAGAUGAUGAAAUUUCUCAUCGGGAGCAUGUAGAUAAUGUUAUUCUUCUCAUUGCUAAUCUCUUGUUUGGGGGAGAGAAUAGCUCUACCAUGAUGCUCCACUAUCGUCCACCAGGCCAACCUCUCGUUGAUGAUUGGGACUGUUUUAAGACCUCUAUCAAAACUUAUGAGAGCCUUUGCGGUACGUUAUCAAGCUAUGGCAGGAAAUACACAAGAUUCUUUGCUAAUAUGUGCAAUGCUGGCAUUUCUGUGGAGCAAUUGAAAGCAGCGUCAUCGCAAGUUUGUCCGGAGAAAAACAAGACAUUUUAAAUUUAUUUCUUAAGUUGAUAAUGUAAUAUAACCAAUACCUUAAAUAAUAAAUUGGUUUUUAUCCUACAAUUGGAUUAUACUCCUUUGUCAUAGGAAUUAUGAUCUUUGAUUGUUAGCGAGUUAAGAGUAAAUCGAAUUAUAAUAAAGUCA